CCUUCUCCAUGUCCAUGUUUAUUUUGAUUUUGCUGCUCCUCGCUUCUUAUCAAACCCCGUGAACAAGUUAUUUCUACUGUCUGAAUUAUUCAUUCUCAAACGGAUAGAGGAAGGUAUAAUGUAGAAUUUAAGACUCAACCCUCCUUUUCUCUCAGUCGCCAACCAUCAAAUUCAUGAGAGUUGUAUUCUUUUUUGGUUCAUCAACCUAGUUCUCUGGUUUGUCCCCUGCUGACGUGCUGUACCAUUUACAUUUUACUUUACCGAACGAGAAAAUGCCUUCUUAUGAACUAGCUCUAUUGCUGCGUGUAAUGCCGCGGGAAGAAAUCGUUUCAAGUUUAAAACGUGUAUCAUCACAGAUUUUCAACACUGGUGGUUUCAUCCGCAAAAUCCAAAAUAUUGGUCUACAACCAACACCAUACAAAAUGUCUGCUGAAUACGGUCCUCACAGGGAAGCAAAUUACUUUGUUGUUGAAUUUGAAGUAGCUCCGCACCAUUUACUUCCAUUAAAGAGAAUUUACGAAAGAGACGUUGAUAUUAUAAGGUCGAAUAUUUUUAAGGUUAAAGAUCCUGCGGAAGAGUCUCAUUCUUGCACUUUGGAUGAUGAGCUGAAACCUCCUGCAUACCGGAAAGAAGUUCAAGAUAUGAUUGCAGCGUCUCUUAAAGUGAAAAAUUGGAAACCAAAAAGUGCAUGGCUACCCAAUACUGGUUUGCAUUACUAUCCUUUCCAAAGAUAAAAUGCUUUCAGCUGUUCUCUGCUCUCCCAGAGAGUUGGUAGUGUUAAGAAAAAUCGAGUUUGUCACCCGUUGAGCAUGAUCUAAGUUACCUCUUGACUAUCAAGUGUAAAUCAGUCAUACUUUGCUUGACUGAUAGAAAGUAUUUGUUGAGUUCUUAGUCGGAAUGUCAGUCAGAAGUUGGAUUGAGCUUUCUAUAAAUCAAGGAAUCAGCAUGCAGCUGAGUAUUUAACUGUAUUCAAUGUAUUCGCUGGAUUCUCAUGUAGUUAUUUCAAGACAUUUGUACAAUAAAUUAUAAUGAUCUUUGUA